AACAACCAGUCCCAAACACAGCACAGCACUGAGAAUCCAUGCUAAAAAACACUGGGAACUCAUUGAGCAUUGUAUCCUCUCCCUAAAGACACAAAGAGAAAAUGCCCUUCAAGCACUUUAAAAAAUGUGCCUAUAACAAAUCCAGGCUCUCUGACUCUUUGAACAGCCACCGCUGGAGAUUUUUGCAGAAUGGUUUGGAUGAUUUCAGAGAUGGUUUUCCUCCUCUGUGUGACAACAUCAUUAUCCAACGAUGUACAGAGGGUCCUGCCCCCAUUGUUCUUCCUAAUAUACCCACAGGAUUGGGCAGAAAGCAGCAGGGGCCCAAAAGGAGGUUGCCAACCAAGGCCCAGUGCUGCACUUCCAAGCUCAGCCAAAUGCAGCAAACCAGAAGGAACCGCAUUGCUCAGACUGAGUAUUGCCUGAGUCAACAUCCUUUAGUUCUAUACCCUCAUCUGGAAGAAAGCAUCCCUCCAGAGCUUUUCAAGGAGGUUCUUGGUAUCCUUGAUCCAGAAAUGCUUCCAGUUAGUGACGAAGCUGAUACAGGCUUUGUUGAACAGGAGCAUUACACUUCCUCUACAGUUAAGUCUCCGUUGGAAAACAAAAGAAGAAGACGAACAAAGUUCAAGUUCACCAACCACAAGGACUCUAAAGUCAAGGAUCCUUACACCUGGUUCUCCAAAAAGGAAGUAGAAGCAAGAGAAAGGGAGGCCAAGCUGAAUUAUAUUCCACCUCUCAGUGAGAAUGUAAAGCGAGCUACGAGGGAGCUUUGCAGCUGGCUUGAAUCUCUAGGAGGAGAGAAGUAUGACAUUGAUGAAGCCGCUGUUCUAAGCCUGUUUGAUGGAGCAUAUGAGACCAGGCUUCCUACCUCUGUUCCUAUAAAUAUUCUGGAGCUGAAAGAUUUACCUGUAGAACUGCAGACAUAUGUUGGAAGUCCACCAGUUCAGGCCACUGUGCAAAGAACUGCUCAGCCAGGCAGCCAUUCAAAGGAAUUUUGCCAGCCUAAGUGGGAAAAGAUCAGGUUUGGUGCCUGGUACUUGGACCCAAAGACUUGGACAAAGCAGAAAGGGAAUGAGCCUUUAGCAGAGCCCAAAUCAAAGAAUGCAAGCAUCCAGAAUUCAAGACAGACACUUGAGGAAAAGGAUGCUGAGACAGUGCAGCUUUACGCAAUUCAUUCUUUUAAGGAAUUUCUCGAAACAAAAGGCUACCAGAUUCCAGAGUCUCAGAGGGAUACAUGCAAGAAAUUCAGGCCAUUUGUCUUGCAAGCCCAUCUAAAGAUAACUGCCAAUAGGAUCUAAUGCCCUGGGAAACUAUCCCAAUCCAACAGACUCUAGUCCAGGUGGAAGACCAAAGAUUUAAAGGAACUCUACAAGGUACUGAACCUAUUUUUAGCAUCUUGGAUGGCUCCUUUAUAAAGUCUGGAAUAAAAAACAAAGUUGAUUCACUGCCUCAAUGAUAUGGAUGUCAUUCACUGGUUCAGAGACACCUUCUCCUUUAAUAUCACAUCUAUAAACUUCUCCUCAUCCUCCAUCAAGAGAAUAAGGGCCAAAGUCAUAAUGGACCAGAGUAGGGUUGGAAAAUCAGAGAUUUGGGGAAUACUGCAGUCUCUUAUCAUCUACCAUGGCACAAUCUCUUAUCAUCUGUUCUGCCAGCUUUGGCUUCUGGGAGCCGAAAUCUGAAAACCUCUGGAGGGCCCAAAGUAUCCCCUGUCUCAAUCCAAUGUUUAUCUAACAGCUCUUUUUACAAACAUACUGACAUUUAUGUUUUGGUUUAGUUCCUGAGGCAGAUGCUUGCUGAACAAGAUGUUCCUGGACAAAAAGUUUUGAGGAGCCCCAUGAAAGAAUUUUAGAGAUGCGAGGAGCUCAGAGGAGGUUCUUCACGAACUGCAAGGAAUCAGUAUAAAAAACUGGAGUGUGUCAAGGCUGAAGAAAAUCUGAGCCUGCCAUGGUUUAUCCUAGAGCUUUAACUGAGGAAGAACUCUCAGGUGUAGUUAGUUUAGCUGCUUGAGGUUCUUUUGGACACCUUCACAUAUAUUUAUAAUGGACUAUGGCUAGUGAUUGAAAUUAUACUGCUGGAAGUACAGUAGAAGGAUCUACUUCCUCCAUUUCCUUUUCUUACUUAUUUGAUGGUCAGAUCAUGUCGACUCACCUAGCAAUACUUUGUUGAACAGUCCUGCCUGAGAAUGUAAUAUUCUGAGUGAGGCGGCCAGCCACAAGGACUACCUGUGUUAACAAGUGGUCCCCAAUGGCCACUUUGACUGUGGUGUAGUGGGUCAAAUACUUUAUAAUUAUCAGAAUUUAUGAUAUACACCAUACUACUAGCAGAAAAUAACAAAGACUUGCAAUGGCUAUUGAAGAAAAUAAAUGACAAAAAUGCAAAAGCAAGGUUACAGCUGAAAUUUACAGGAUUUGACUCAUUUGAAAUGAGGCACUGGAGGCAAGUUCUACAGAUAACAUGGACUGCCAAAAAGAUUUUAAAAAAAGGUCCUAGAGCAAAUCAAGCCUGAACACUCUGAAG